UUCUCCCUUACUGCUGGAUUCCCACAUACUUUCUCCAAGCAGGUUUGUGUCGUGGAUGAGGUCCAUAAUGGGGGUGCCUGGGGGUUUGUUAUUGCUCCUAAUUUUGCAGAUUUUUACAGGAAGCACUUCAGGGACACUUGUCUUCAGCUGCGAUUCAUGUCAUGAUCAAGCCAACUGCCUGGAGUCACGAGGAAGAGGAGACACCUUUGCCAGCCAGGGCCUCUCUUGUGUCUGUAAAGAUGGCUUCGCAGGUGAUGGUCUCACCUGCUACAGUAAAAAACUCUGCAGUGACUCUUCUUGCUGUAGCCAAGGUUAUCACUGGUCACCAGACAGCGGCUGUGUAGACACUGAUGAGUGUUCCCUCCCAGACUCGCCCUGUGCGCCAUCUCAGGUUUGCCAGAACACACCUGGCUCUUUCAAGUGCCUGGAGCGUUCCUCCAGCCCCAGAUCUGGCCCCUCUCCCCAGUCUAUCCAGUUCAGCUGUGGAAACACUGUUUGCCCUUUAGGCAUGGACUGCAUCAAUAAUAAUGGGCUCGCCCGCUGUGCUGACCCAUGUGACCACUACACUGUACUGAACGAUGACUGGCGUUCAGUAAAUAACACAAUGAAUAACAUAAUACACUGUGACAGAAAUAUUAACUGGCAAGGCUGGUAUCGUCUGUUUCUGGGGCAAACUAGUGCUCAUAUUCCAGAGAGGUGUGUGGAGGAGAACAGGUGUGGAACCCACGCUCCUCUAUUUAUAACACAAUCUCAUCCCACACAGUCAGGUGAAAUUGUAGCUCGCACCGUGUGCAAUGCCUGGAGCAACAGUUGCUGCCUUUUUAGGUCACACACCAUCCAUGUCAAGCUCUGCUAUGGAAACUACUACGUCUACAAACUUGUGGCACCAUCCGCAUGCAGCCUUGCAUACUGUGCAGAUGUGAACAUAACAGACACUGAAGUUCCACCAACCACACCCGAUCCAACACCACAGACAUCUGCCAGUCAGGUCAACGUCUCUGCCACAACAGCGGUGGGCAACAGUUCAGCAGCUGAUGGAGAGAUCCGUCUGGUCAAUGGAAACAGCUCCUGCUCCGGCAGAGUAGAGAUCUUCCACCAUGGACAGUGGGGGACGGUGUGUGAUGAUGCCUGGGACCUGUUUGAUGCACAGGUGGUGUGCAGACAGCUGGGCUGUGGCAGAGUCCUGUCGGCACCACAAAAUGCACGUUUUGGACAGGGCAGAGGGCCCAUCUGGUUGGAUAAUGUCAUGUGCACAGGCAGCGAAUCAAAGCUCAGUGAGUGCCGUCACCAAGGGGUUGGAUCACACAACUGUGGUCACCAUGAGGAUGCUGGUGUCGUCUGUGAAGCCGGUUCACCAGUGAGGCUGGUCAACUCUGGCAACCGCUGCUCUGGCAGAGUGGAGGUCUACCAUGAUGGACAGUGGGGGACGGUGUGUGACGAUUCCUGGGACCUGAACGAUGCCAGCGUGGUGUGCAGACAGCUGGACUGUGGCAGGGCUCGUUCAGCACUUCAAAGUGCAGCUUUUGGACAGGGCACUGGACCCAUCUGGUUGGACGAUGUCAGCUGUUCAGGAAGUGAAUCAUCCAUAACUGACUGCAGACAUCAAGGGUUUGGGGUCCACAACUGUGGUCACGUCGAAGAUGCCAGUAUCAUCUGUGAAGGUCGACCAGAACCAAACAGCACAGUUACACCGACCCCACCCGAUCCAACACCACAGACAUCUGCCAGUCAGGUCAACGUCUCUGCCACAACAGCGGUGGGCAACAGUUCAGCAGCUGAUGGAGAGAUCCGUCUGGUCAAUGGAAACAGCUCCUGCUCCGGCAGAGUAGAGAUCUUCCACCAUGGACAGUGGGGGACGGUGUGUGAUGAUGCCUGGGACCUGUUUGAUGCACAGGUGGUGUGCAGACAGCUGGGCUGUGGCAGAGUCCUGUCGGCACCACAAAAUGCACGUUUUGGACAGGGCAGAGGGCCCAUCUGGUUGGACGAUGUCAUGUGCACAGGCAACGAAUCAAAGCUCAGUGAGUGCCGCCACCAAGGGGUUGGAUCACACAACUGUGGUCACAAUGAGGAUGCUGGUGUCGUCUGUGAAGCCGGUUCACCAGUGAGGCUGGUCAACUCUGGCAACCGCUGCUCUGGCAGAGUGGAGGUCUACCAUGAUGGACAGUGGGGGACGGUGUGUGACGAUUCCUGGGACCUGAACGAUGCCAGCGUGGUGUGCAGACAGCUGGACUGUGGCAGGGCUCGUUCAGCACUUCAAAGUGCAGCUUUUGGACAGGGCACUGGACCCAUCUGGUUGGACGAUGUCAGCUGUUCAGGAAGUGAAUCAUCCAUAACUGACUGCAGACAUCAAGGGUUUGGGGUCCACAACUGUGGUCACGUCGAAGAUGCCAGUAUCAUCUGUGAAGGUCGACCAGAACCAAACAGCACAGUUACACCGACCCCACCCGAUCCAACACCACAGACAUCUGCCAGUCAGGUCAACGUCUCUGCCACAACAGCGGUGGGCAACAGUUCAGCAGCUGAUGGAGAGAUCCGUCUGGUCAAUGGAAACAGCUCCUGCUCCGGCAGAGUAGAGAUCUUCCACCAUGGACAGUGGGGGACGGUGUGUGAUGAUGCCUGGGACCUGUUUGAUGCACAGGUGGUGUGCAGACAGCUGGGCUGUGGCAGAGUCCUGUCGGCACCACAAAAUGCACGUUUUGGACAGGGCAGAGGGCCCAUCUGGUUGGACGAUGUCAUGUGCACAGGCAACGAAUCAAAGCUCAGUGAGUGCCGCCACCAAGGGGUUGGAUCACACAACUGUGGUCACAAUGAGGAUGCUGGUGUCGUCUGUGAAGCCGGUUCACCAGUGAGGCUGGUCAACUCUGGCAACCGCUGCUCUGGCAGAGUGGAGGUCUACCAUGAUGGACAGUGGGGGACGGUGUGUGACGAUUCCUGGGACCUGAACGAUGCCAGCGUGGUGUGCAGACAGCUGGACUGUGGCAGGGCUCGUUCAGCACUUCAAAGUGCAGCUUUUGGACAGGGCACUGGACCCAUCUGGUUGGACGAUGUCAGCUGUUCAGGAAGUGAAUCAUCCAUAACUGACUGCAGACAUCAAGGGUUUGGGGUCCACAACUGUGGUCACGUCGAAGAUGCCAGUAUCAUCUGUGAAGGUCGACCAGAACCAAACAGCACAGUUACACCGACCCCACCCGAUCCAACACCACAGACAUCUGCCAGUCAGGUCAACGUCUCUGCCACAACAGCGGUGGGCAACAGUUCAGCAGCUGAUGGAGAGAUCCGUCUGGUCAAUGGAAACAGCUCCUGCUCCGGCAGAGUAGAGAUCUUCCACCAUGGACAGUGGGGGACGGUGUGUGAUGAUGCCUGGGACCUGUUUGAUGCACAGGUGGUGUGCAGACAGCUGGGCUGUGGCAGAGUCCUGUCGGCACCACAAAAUGCACGUUUUGGACAGGGCAGAGGGCCCAUCUGGUUGGACGAUGUCAUGUGCACAGGCAACGAAUCAAAGCUCAGUGAGUGCCGCCACCAAGGGGUUGGAUCACACAACUGUGGUCACAAUGAGGAUGCUGGUGUCGUCUGUGAAGCCGGUUCACCAGUGAGGCUGGUCAACUCUGGCAACCGCUGCUCUGGCAGAGUGGAGGUCUACCAUGAUGGACAGUGGGGGACGGUGUGUGACGAUUCCUGGGACCUGAACGAUGCCAGCGUGGUGUGCAGACAGCUGGACUGUGGCAGGGCUCGUUCAGCACUUCAAAGUGCAGCUUUUGGACAGGGCACUGGACCCAUCUGGUUGGACGAUGUCAGCUGUUCAGGAAGUGAAUCAUCCAUAACUGACUGCAGACAUCAAGGGUUUGGGGUCCACAACUGUGGUCACGUCGAAGAUGCCAGUGUUGUUUGUGAAUUCCCUCCACUCCAGUUUACUCAUCUUAUUUGUGGCCGUGAUAAACUCCAAGUGGGGCUGGAUUUGGCUGCCAUAACAUCCAGUGGUUUGGACCCAUUCUCUGGAAACCUGGCUGCCCUUAACUGCUCCUGGGUCAGAGUGCGUAAUAAUGAAGUUUGGUACGAAGUGGAGGCUGAGGCAGGUGCUUGUGGCAACACACUGACGACCAACCGCACACAUGCGAUCUAUUCCAACAGUUUAUUUUUCUCCCCAACAAACUCGUCCUUGACUCGUCCUGUGAGUCUUCCUUUCUCCUGCGCAUAUCCCCUCGACAUCGACACCGGCCUGAAUGGGCCGCUCAGACCAUUCCUGCAGCCUGACACACCUGGCGUUUCAGGCUCAGGUACCAAAGCCAGAGCCUCCAUGUCUCUGUUCCGCAACUCCAACUUCACUGAGCCUUAUGCAGCAGGCCGGAUCAUCCUUCCAAUGGGCUCUCCUCUAUAUGUGGGCAUAUCUGUGCAGGAGAGAGAUCCAAGCUUUACAGUUGUUCUGGAGCGCUGCUAUGCCACUCACUCAUCAAACCCUAAAGAUCCCACACGAUACUUUCUCAUUGAGAACAAGUGUCCCACUGCCCGCCGACAGGUGUCAGUGAUAAAGAGUGGCUCAUCCUCCCAGGUUCGUUUCUCUGCCCUGUUCUUUUCGCCCCAGGGUGAAAACCGAGACACCUAUCUUCACUGCAGCCUCAGCCUGUGUGACCGGAGGAGCCACAACUGUGUUCAACCUUGCGCAAGAAGAACAUAUCGCUCAUUUUCCAGCUCUGCUCCUCUGGAAGACAUCACCAUUGGACCAAUCACUUGGGACAAGUCUCCUGAGUGAGCUGGUGACAUACAGUAGUAACACAAACACAUUACAUAUUGUGAUAUCAUUAACAUGUUCUUUUUUUACUCAUAAGACAAAAAAUCAUAAGUUUGUUGUUACAUUGUGAUUAAAUCUUACCAUACAUUGUUCAUCCCUCAUUUCUAUUUCCUGUGUACUGAUUUUUACUAAACAACAAUGAAGAAAAUAAACUACAAGAAGAUAUAAUAAAAAUGAAGGUGCCAA